AUGUCAAAAUUGAUUGCUUCCGAGGUUGUUAGGCGUAGGAGUGUGUCAGGGAGAGUUACAGUGAUCGAAAAAUGGAUUGCAAUCGCAGAUUGCAACAGAACUUUACGCAAUUACAAUGGUGUAUUACAAAUUUGUGCAGCUCUUUCGAGCAGUAGUAUUUUCAGAUUAAAGAGGACUUGGAAUAAAGUUCCAGAAGCGACGACUCAAAUGAUGGAAGAACUGCAGGAUAUUGUGUCGUCGGAUGGACGUUUCAAAAAUUUGAAGGAAGCCUUACGCCGAUGCGAUUCACCUUGCAUUCCUUAUAUAGGAAUGUAUCUGUCCGACCUUUCUUUCAUCGAAGAGGGUACUCGAACUAUGACCGAAGAUGGCCUUUUAAACUUUUCUAAAAUGAGAAUGAUUGCGCACGUGAUCCAAGAAAUACGUCAACUACAACAAGGUUCAUACAACAUCGAACCGAUUGCGAAGAUUAUGAAUUAUCUGUUGGAUCCGUCGAUGCAGAUCGACGAUGAUACUUUAUAUAGGAUGUCUUUGGAGAUCGAACCGAGAUCAUCCAAGCCAAGUUCAAGCUUAUUUCAUUUGACAUCCUCCGUCGCCCACAAAUCAAAAAAAUGAAUUUGAGUAUCAAACUAUUUAAAUCCACUUUAAUUUAUUUAUUAAAUUAAUCGAUACAUAACCUAUGUCAUAUCAAUUCAUGUGCAAAGCAUGAAUGUAAGCGAUUAGAGCUACAUUGGGACUUAAUACAUAUAGACAGCUGUUAUGCACUCCAGACAUAACUUUGAAGCUAUACUUAUAUAUUUACUCUUCGUGAACGUUUAGUUAAGUUUAAUGUUUCUUUUAAUCACAAUUUAAAUUCAACGCUUAGUGCUAGUAAUCUUCUUUCUUUUCCUUCUGUUUCUUUUUCUUUUUUAAUUGUUUUCCUUAUUAUCUAUCCCUCUUCUUUUCUUGCGUGAUGAGUUAUUUCUUCUUCUUCUUUUUCUCCAGGUUCUCUCACCAUGUGCAAACUAGCUGUUAUUAUACAUAUUUGGUUUAAUUUUGUCAAUUUAAAGAAAAAUAUUUUUCUAUAAUCUCUCUUCACAUAUGUAUUAAAAGUGAUGUGUUUUCAAAACCUGUAAUUCAGUUUUCCAUAAUUUCUAACUGAACAGGGGUCUCAAAAAUUAAUUAUUGUUAUAUAUUCUUAUAUCACUUCAUAUUUUAUUUAAAAACGUCGAUGCGAAGAUAUUUUAAUUUUAGUUGUAAAAGCAGAUGAUGGAGGGGAUUCUUCCUCUACAGUUCAUAAAGAGCCACGUUUUGUUCGCGAGCCGCCAAUUCGAAAGGCCUGA